AUGUCGUCUAUAAAUGGACUGUUCGAAUGGAAUGUCAUGCCAUUUGGACUGUGCAAUGCUCCAGCAACCUUCCAGCGCCUGAUGGAUCGUGUUUUGGCUGGCCUGCAGUGGGAGACCUGCCUAGUUUAUCUGGACGACAUCAUUGUGCUGGGCCGGGACGUGCCAGAGAUGCUACAGCGACUCGGCGAGAUCUUCGGCAGACUACAACAAGCCAACUUGAAGCUGAAACCUGCUAAAUGCUGUCUCUUUCGUCGUCAGGUUGCCUACCUUGGCCACAUUGUUUCAGAAGAGGGUGUGACCACUGACCCCAGCAAAGUCAAGAAGGUGCAGGAGUGGCCUACACCUAAGUCCGUCCAGGAAGUCCGUCAGUUCCUUGGCCUUGCAUCCUACUACCGACGUUUUGUGCAAGACUUUGCUGCUGUAGCUGAGCCUCUCCACGAACUGACCAAGAAAUAUACUCAGUUCCAGUGGACUCCAGAGUGUCAGGCAGCAUUUGAGAGACUCAAACACCUACUAACCACUACACCGAUUCUGGGUUAUCCCUUGGACCAGGGCUGCAUGACUCUGGACACUGAUGCAAGUAAUGUUGGCAUCGGUGCUGUUCUCUCACAGGUGCAGCAGGGCAGUGAACGUGUGCUGGCCUAUGGCAGUCGCAAGCUGUCCAAGACUGAACAGAACUACUGCACAACAUGGCGAGAACUGUUGGCUGUUGUGGAGUUUACCUCACAUUUCCGGCAGUAUCUCCUGGGGCGGCCCUUCAUCGUGCGCACUGACCACAGUAGUCUUCGCUGGCUGACAAGGAUGAAGGAGCCAGAGGGACAGCUCGCUAGGUGGUUGGAGAAACUCAGUGAGUACGAUUUUGAGAUCAUCCAUCGCCCUGGCCGAUUGCACGUCAACGCUGACAGCCUCUCCAGACAACCCUGGCGUCAGUCCUGCCCAUGUAAACUGCCAGGCCCCUCUCCUCCAGGGAACAUCAAGCACCAGGCUGUGCAGUGCGACUUGGACUCUGUCUUCAGCCAUGCGGUGCAGAGUCCAGUGGGGGUGGAGGGACAUCCUGCUCUAGCCACGGAGAGUCUAGUGGGGGUGGAUGAAACCCCACAACCAGGCGCAGACAGUUUAGAGACCCCUGAAAGAAUCUUGCUGACUCAAACAGGUGAGGCUGCACUGUUCAGCGGCUGGUCCCCAGAGGAGCUGCAACAGGCUCAGGAGGCUGACCCUGAUAUCUCACCUAUUAGGGCAUGGAUGGAGGCCAGCAGAGAGCGGCCCUCAUGGACUACAGUAUCACCAUAUAGUCCAGCCACAAAGACGUUCUGGAGCCAGUGGAAGCGACUCUACAUUCGUAAUGGGGUUCUAGUCAGACGCUUCUAUUGUCUGGACGACAUCCAGUUUUACCCUCAAGUGGUACUGCCCCGCACCCUCCAGCCUGACAUCAUGAGACAGCUGCAUGAAGGACCAGUUGGUGGGCAUUUUGGAGUAGAGCGCAUGGUGGCGCGGCUCCAGACGCGAUACUACUGGUACCAUAUGAGAGAAGAUGUGGCACUCUGGUGCCGCACUUGCACCCGCUGUGCAGCCAAAGCCAGACCCAAUAAGACACCACAGGCCCCCAUGGGAACCGUCAGGGUGGGGGCCCCAAUGGAGCGCAUCGCCUUGGACAUCAUGGGGCCACUGAAUGAGACAGAGCGCAAAAACUGUUAUGUGCUUGUAGUACAGGACUACUUUUCUAAAUGGGUGGAAGCUUAUCCAUUACCAAAUGACAAAGCAGUGACUGUGGCUGAAGUGCUUGCUUCAGAGUGGGUGUGUCGUUAUGGAGCACCACAGACAUUGCAUAGUGACCAGGGCCGAAAUUUUGAGUCUGAAGUUUUCCAGAAGAUGUGCUCUCUGUUUGGUAUUGACAAGACACGCACCACUCCCUUCCGACCACAGUCUGAUGGACAAGUAGAAAGAUUCAAUGCCACGCUGCAGAAGAUUUUGGCCACCACAGCUGAGCGCUGUCACUGGGACUGGGACCUCAUGAUUCCAUAUGCUGUCAUGGCUUACAGAGCGACAAAGCACAGUGCCACCAGCUUCACACCCAACUUCAUGAUGUUCGGCCGAGAGGUCAGUGAACCGGUGGACCUUGUAGCUGGUCUGCCCCCUGACCCUGAAUCUACUCCAUCUGCUCCUGAGUAUGUGCAGCAUCUUCGAGAGCGACUGGAGAUGGCUCAUCAGAUUGCCAGAGAUGCACUUGGGGACUCAGUGAAACGUGCUAAGAGGCAGUAUGACAAGAACUGCUGUCGCACACAGUACCACGUUGGGGAUGCUGUGUGGUACCUCAUCAAGGGCACGCGGAAAGUCAAGAACAAGGUCCGAAAGUUUCUUCCAGCGUACGAGGGGCCCUUCUUCAUCCUUGGACAGCUAGAUGACCUGGUGUAUCGCAUUCAGAAAGGACCAAAGACCAAAGUGAAAGUGGUUCACCAUGACCAGCUAAAGCCCUAUCGAAGCCGUGACCUCCUGGACAACUCCUGGGCCCUGGAACGGGCGCAGACCUGGACACCUGUCGAGGUGUCACCCCCAGCCUUGGAUGCGGAUCCUGCAGACUAUGACUCGGGGCUUGCUGGGUUGUUCGUCGACACCACUACGGAGAGAACUGGGGACGAACCCCCACCCGAUCCGGUAGGGGACGCCCCUGUUUCACCUGUGCUGUUACCCUCCACCUUUUCUCGGCUGGACUCUUUUUCUGCCAUGGACCUUCGGGAUAGUGGGGGUGGUGCAGCAGAGCCACCACACCACGGUCGUCACACCCUGAGGGCCGGCCGGUGA